AAGGGCGUCUGCAGGGAGGGAUUGGCGGAGGCCGUGCAGAAGAAGCUCCAGGCCGAAGUGGAGAAGGAACAGCAGGUGCCAAAAGGUAACUUCUGAAAAAGCUCUGCAAAGAAUAUGUUGUGAGAGCUUUGCCCAAGGAGUGCUCUAAGUCUAAAGGGACUUCAAAAUACACAGCAAUGACAACAAGAAAAAAUAAGUAGUAAAAAUAUAUUUCAAGCUACAAACCUAUGCAGUUAAGAGGAGGAAAUAAGAUUGUGCUGAAAAAAGAGAGGCUUGGGAAAGCGAGCAGAAGGCUACAGCAAUACAAAGACUGUGCUGCUCAGGAGGUUAUAUCUGUGAACCCCUGGCAUAAUAUUUGAAUUAUAAAUAUAAAAGAAUGGCAAGUCCUCUACCUCCCUAUCCUAGAUCACACACAGGGGAGAAGUUACAUCAGUGUCUGGAAUGUGGGAAACAAUUUGAUUGGAAAAAUUCUCUUACUGUACAUGAACGGACCCACACAGGGGAGAAGCCAUAUGAAUGUGUGGAAUGUGGAAAGAGCUUCAGUCGGAGUGACAAAUUACGUUCCCAUCAAAGGACCCACACAGGGGAGAAACCCUAUAAAUGCAUAGAAUGUGGAGAAAGCUUCAGUCGGAGUGACAGUCUACGUUCCCAUCAAAGGACCCACACAGGGGAGAAGCCAUAUAAAUGCAUGGAAUGUGGAGAAAACUUCAGUCACAGUGGCAGUCUACGUUCCCAUCAAAGGACCCACACAGGGGAGAAGCCCUCUAAAUGCAUGGAAUGUGGAGAAAACUUCAGUCACAGUGGCAGUCUACGUUCCCAUCAAAGGAAGCACACAGGGGAGAAGCCCUAUAAAUGCAUAGAAUGUGGAGAAAGCUUCAGUCAAAGUGGCAGUCUACGUUCCCAUCAAAGGACCCACACAGGGGAGAAGCCCUCUAAAUGCAUGGAAUGUGGAGAAAACUUCAGUCACAGUGGCAGUCUACGUUCCCAUCAAAGGACCCACACAGGGGAGAAGCCCUCUAAAUGCAUGGAAUGUGGAGAAAACUUCAGUCACAGUGGCAGUCUACGUUCCCAUCAAAGGAAGCACACAGGGGAGAAGCCCUAUAAAUGCAUAGAAUGUGGAGAAAGCUUCAGUCAAAGUGGCAGUCUACGUUCCCAUCAAAGGAAGCACACAGGGGAGAAGCCCUAUAAAUGCAUGGAAUGUGGAGAAAACUUCAGUCACAGUGGCAGUCUACGUUCCCAUCAAAGGAAGCACACAGGGGAGAAGCCCUAUAAAUGCAUGGAAUGUGGAGAAAACUUCAGUCACAGUGGCAGUCUACGUUCCCAUCAAAGGAAGCACAAAGGGGAGAAGCCCUAUAAAUGCAUGGAAUGUGGAGAAAACUUCAGUCACAGUGGCAGUCUACGUUCCCAUCAAAGGACCCACACAGGGGAGAAGCCAUAUAAAUGCAUAGAAUGUGGAAAGAGCUUCAGUCAGAGUGACAAGCUACGUUCCCAUCAAAGGACCCACACAGGGGAGAAACCCUAUAAAUGCAUAGAAUGUGGAGAAAGCUUCAGUCGGAGUGACAGUCUACGUUCCCAUCAAAGGACCCACACAAGGGAGAAGCCAUAUAAAUGCAUAGAAUGUGGAAAGAGCUUCAGUCAGAGUGACAGUCUACGUUCCCAUCAAAGGAAGCACACAGGGGAGAAGCCACAUAAAUGCGUAGAAUGCGGAAAGAGCUUCAGUCACAGUGGCAAUCUACGUUCCCAUCAAAGGACCCACACAGGGGAGAAGCCAUAUAAAUGCAUAGAAUGUGGAAAGAGUUUCAGUCAGAGUGGACAUCUACGUUACCAUCAAAGGACCCACACAGGGGAGAAGCCACAUAAAUGCAUAGAAUGUGGAAAGAGCUUCAGUCAGAGUGGACAUCUACGUUCUCAUCAAAGGACCCACACGGGAGAAGCCACAUAAAUGCAUGAAAUGUGGAGAAAGCUUCAGUCAGAGUGACAGUCUACGUUCCCAUCAAAGGACCCACACAGGGGAGAAGCCAUAUAAAUGCAUAGAAUGUGGAAAGAGCUUCAGUCAGAGUGACAAGCUACGUUCCCAUCAAAGGACCCAC